CUCGUCAACGAUUCAGUUAGUGGACGGUGAGGUGUGGUGUAGUGUAGAGUAGAAAAGCCAAAGAAAAGUUAUUCGAUGAAUUCGAAUAACAAUACGCCUUUUACUGGGAGACAGUCGCUGCUCCUUUGAUUUUUGUAUCUUGUUAAAUCGCAAAACUAUUAGCAAAAAUCAGUUAUCAUUUUAUCCCUCCCCCACUAAAAAAAANGUUUGAAUUCCAUGUAAAUCUGGAUGGAGAAUCUCAAUGUCAAUGUUUGAUUCUCACCCUUUUAACACUAACAAGACUGCAAUGUUAACAGCUACAAGAAUGAUACCUGGAUGUGGAUGUGGGAAAGUAAUUGUUCUUAACUCAGUCAGGAAAGUACUUCAUCCAACGAUGACUUGGUGAUGAAUGAAGAAAAAAAAAACCUUUAACAUCUUCACAAAGAAGUGGAACUGAACAGAGAGAGGGAGAGAGAGAGAGAGAGAGAGAGAAAAUCCCUACUUGGGACAAAGUGCUUAAGGGCAGACUCCAGUGAAUUCUUCUGGUGCAAUAUUCCUUAUUGUUGUGAAUCUGAAGGAAUAUGUGCAAUGGGAUAGAUAACAUUUUCCGGGAUCGAAUGACAAGGUAUUCCCAUUUUUUGAUACUUGCCAUGAACUGCUAUGUCCAAGACACUUAUGCUCCCCUGUUUGAUGAUGCCUUUGAGGUAAUACAUCAUCACCAUCAUCACUAUCCACAGGAGAUCCAGCAAAUACCACAAACUGACACUGGUCACCAAUACCUACCAGUUUACAGCAAUUUCCAACAUCACCUCGAGGCAAUGCCUGAAUCCUAUUACCCCGUGGAUUUGCCUUCACAACGCUUCCUUGAACCUAUAGUGUUGAACGGCGGUCCCAAUGCGAUGGUUUGCGAGAACUUAAUGCAGAAUUCAAAUCGUUUUCCAGAAAAUCACUUUCCAGAUUUCUUUACGCCAAGACAAGGAAAAGGGAGGAAGAGACUACGCCUGUACGAGUUUCUCAAUGAAUCUCUGCACAACUCGGAGAUGGCAGACUGCAUCCAGUGGGUGGACAGAAACAACGGUGUUUUCCAGUUCAUCUCCAAAAACAAGGAGAAGUUGGCUGAGCUGUGGGGCAGGAGGAAAGGCAAUCGGAAAACCAUGACAUACCAGAAAAUGGCCCGAGCCUUGAGGAACUACAGCGGGACGGGUGAAAUCGUGAAGAUCAGAAGAAAGCUCACGUACCAAUUCGAUGCCAAAGUGCUUCAGCGACUGGUCUGCAAUCGUAACGGUGAAACUGGUUUCUAUCAGCAUUUCCACCGCGAGAGAGAACACUUUGGCUGCGACAACUGGCACUUGAGCUACCCUUGCAAUGACAUUUUCACCUGAGAAUGCAUUCACGUGUUGAUCAGGAUUCGUGGUCCAAUGUUUGCAAAAAUGCUGUAAUCAUUCCCAGAACCUAUCGUGACACAUGAAUACCAAGUAAACACACGCCUUCACUUAAAACAGCCAAGAACACACACACGGUCUAAAGAGUUACUUCACUUGCAUUUAUUCGUGAUGAUCAAUUGUCAGAGAGUUGGACGUUUUAUUGAGGUGAAUGUACAUAUCCUGUUGUGCUAACUCGAAUAAACGUUCCUCUGUUCUUUAUUAUUGUGUGACAUGAAGACAUACUGCACAUCUGAAGCGUCAAAACAUUCAAGGGGGGAAUUUUUUUUCGCUCUCAUUCAACAUUAGUGUUGAUAGGGGAAAUUCCCCCAGAAAGUUUCAUGUACCAAGUAAUAUCCUGCAA